UCGUGGUAAAGGUGAAAGAUUUACGCGUAUGGAUUCUUGUUCUCGCUGGCUUGCCGUAGUAGUCUGGUUUCUGCGGUGACCAUGCCAAACAAAAGCGCACUUCACUAAUUACACUUGCUAUGAUAAUUGAACACAGUCCUAUUUCCGGGGUAAUUAAUAUUUUUUUUCUGGUGACAGUUUCUGUCCUGAAAGUGAAAUGUGUGAGCCUCCGGAGGACCAGUUCUUCACCGUGUUUGACGGCUCUUCCCCGGAGGAUGUGUCCCAUGCCAGGCAGCUGUGGAGCUCUCUGUCUCUCCUGCCGCCGCUGGAGUCCCGGCUGGUGUCGGCAGAUAUCCGCCAGAGACUGCCGGUGUCCCGGCCGCAGCGCAGCGGCGCCGGAGCCAAACUCUCCGCCCUGGAGCCACCGAGCGUCCCCGCGCUCCGGCAGAGACAGGAGGAGAGACAGCGGUACGCGGCUAUGGCCGACCAGAGGAGGGAGAUCCUGGCUCUGCUGAGGAGGCAGCGAGAGCAGAGGAUCCAGAAGGAGCUGCUCUCUGUGGACUUUAAACCGAAGGGGAAGCUCGGCGGAGAGAAAAUGUUGAAGCCGCACAAAACUUCAGACUCUGAGAAGGACAAGGAGCUGGUCAGACAGCUGCAGUAGGCAAAGAGCUUAAGUGACCGUGUUUGGAGCUUUAUGGACAAAUGCGACAAAAUAAAAAUUCAUUAUAAUGAUUAAACACUUAAUUGACCUGCGUAAUGUAAAGCAGAUUAAGUUAGGCAUAUUUUGUUUCCACAGAGGAGAAACUCUCAGCAAAGUCUGGUCAGGCUUUCCCUGCUUAAUGCUAUUUUAACUGUAAUGUGGAACAGAGAUGAUCAAGUGAAUGCUGCA